AUGGAGAAUGAUGAUGUAAUAUGGAGGAUAAAAGAAAAAGAAGUAAAAGACGAAGAGAAGAAGAAGAAGAAGAGAAAAGAAGAAGAAGAAGAAAAAAAAGAGAAGAAGAAGAAGAAGAAGAAGAAGAAGAAGAAGAAGAAGAAGAAGAAGAGAAGAAGAAGAAGAAGAAGAAGAGAAGAGAAGAGAAGAGAAGAAGAAGAAGAGAAGAAGAAGAAGAAGAAGAAGACGAAGAAGAAGAAGAAGAAGAAGAAGAAGAAGAAGAAGAGAUGA